GAGUGCGUGCGGCACGUGACGUCAGGGACCCGGAAGGAAGUUUGCUCCAGUGUUGUUAUAGCAGCUCCGCAGGUAAAGAGACGAAAAAACCCUCUCUGCAGCCGCUGCUCUUUGUUUAUUUGUUUUUGUUUGUGGUCUCUGAGUGUCGCCAUCAUGAAUGUGACGCUCGCGGUGAAGCAGUACAUCUCCAAGAUGAUCGAGAUCAGCGGGCCCGGGAUGAAGGUGCUGCUCAUGGACAAGGAGACGACCAGUAUAGUGAGCGUGGUGUACACUCAGUCUGAGAUCCUGCAGAAGGAGGUUUACCUGUUUGAGCGGAUUGACUCUCAGAACAGGGAUAACAUGAAGCACCUUAAAGCCAUCUGCUUCUUGCGGCCCACCAAGGAGAAUGUGGAGCACCUGAUCCAGGAGCUGAGGAGGCCCAAGUACAGCGUCUACUUCAUCUACUUUAGCAACGUGAUCAGUAAGAGUGAGAUCAAGGCCUUGGCUGAGGCUGAUGAACAGGAAGUGGUGGCUGAAGUCCAGGAGUUCUACGGAGACUUCAUCGCUGUGAAUCCUCACCUGUUCUCUCUGAACCUGCAGGGAGUCACUCGGGGGCGGAGCUGGGAACCCUCUAUGUUGGCACGCUGCACUCAGGGACUGACCUCCGUCCUGCUUGCUCUGAAGAAAUGUCCGAUGAUCCGCUACCAGUUGUCCUCAGACAUGUCCAAGCGGCUCGCGGAGAGCGUCAAGCAAAUCAUCACGAAGGAGUACGAGCUGUUUGACUUCAGGAAGACUGAAGUUCCUCCUCUGCUGCUUAUCCUGGACCGCAGCGACGAUGCCAUCACGCCGUUGCUCAAUCAGUGGACAUACCAGGCGAUGGUCCACGAGCUGCUUGGCCUCAACAACAACAGGAUCGACCUGUCCAGAGUGCCCGGGAUCAGCAAAGACCUGAGAGAGGUGGUCCUGUCAGCUGAGAAUGACGAGUUCUACGCCAACAACCUGUACCUGAACUUUGGAGAGAUUGGCACCAACAUAAAGAACCUGAUGGAGGAUUUCCAAAAGAAAAAGCCAAAAGGACAACAGAAGCUGGAGUCCAUCUCAGACAUGAAGGCAUUUGUAGAUAACUACCCCCAGUUUAAGAAGAUGUCGGGGACCGUGUCCAAACAUGUGACGGUGGUGGGCGAGCUGUCCCGACUAGUGUCGGAGCGGCAGCUGAUGGAGGUGUCGGAGGUGGAGCAGGAGUUGGCCUGUCAGAAUGACCACUCGAGCGCUCAGCAGAAUGUGCGGCGACUGCUGCAAAAUCCACGCGUGUCUGAGCUGGACGCCGUGCGCCUCGUCAUGCUCUACGCUCUGAGGUACGAGCGCCACAGCAGCAGCAUCCUGUCAUCUCUGAUGGACGAGCUGAGCAGAAGAGGAGUGUCUGAGCGUCACCGCAGGAUGGUUCAGGCUGCGGUGGAGUACGGUGGGAAGAGAAUCAGAGGAAGUGACCUCAUCACACCCACAGACGCGGUCUCCAUCACCAAACAGUUUUUCAAAGGACUAAAGGGUGUGGAGAACGUGUACACUCAGCAUCAGCCUCUGCUUCACGACACGCUGGACCAGAUGAUCAAAGGGCGACUCAAGGACAGCCAGUUUCCUUACCUGGGAGCGAGCAGCCUCAGAGACAGGCCUCAGGACAUCCUGGUGUUUAUGAUCGGAGGGGCCACGUAUGAAGAAGCUCUGACUGUUUACAAUCUGAACCGCAGCACACCUGGAGUCCGGAUCGUGCUGGGAGGAAGCAACAUCCACAACACCAAGAGUUUUCUGGAGGAAGUGAUGUCGGCGACAGGUCCCAGCAGCAGCAGCAGCCGAGCACACGGAGGUGGUUUCCAUAGCAGCAGGCGCUAAGCACAGAGACUCGCUCUUCUUCCUCUCCUCCAGCUCUUGUGUGAUGAGCAGCAUCGUCCCCUUCGUCUGUUUGUUUGAAACAUCAUCAGACCGUCCCUGUGACAUUAGAAACACCUCUGAUCAAUAACUGUAACUGACAGCAGAGCCGCUGCACAGCACGGCUCAGACUGGACUCCGCUUUAGUGUAGAUAUUGUCUUUUAAAAUGAAAAGAUUUCAAAGGUUUUCCUCUUCCUGUGUGUUAAAAUACAGAAUCCAGGACGUCUGGCUUGUCCUCAGCCUCACACUGUUACUGAAACGACCUGUGGGCCACCACUGUGGCCCCUCGGAGCCACUGACAGCAGGCAAAAUGACAUAAAAAUGAGAGGCAGCAAUUCAUAUAACAGACUACAAGCUAUCGUCUGACCUGGACUAACAUCGCUGGUCUGCAGCCGGCUGUGAGACGAGUGCUCAGAGACUCAGCAAACGUCACACAUUCACUUACAGCUUUGCUCUCAUACAGUGUUUCACCUUCAAAAGCCCUGAUCGUAGCCCCACUGCUUACCUUUGCUGUAAAUAUCAGACGAACCUCAUUGGACCAUCAGUCAGUAACGCUGCUGCUGGACUUACAUUUUGUGGAACGUCCCUUUAAAGUGUCUGUGUGGCUGACUGUGGUUGUUUCAAGUUUCAAAGCACUAAUAAAUAAAAAUGUUCACACAAA